AUGAAGCCCUUACAGGCUCUAGGUUUGCGUGGCGCGCGGGCAGCCGAAUUGGUUGCAUUGGGAAAUCGAUUUCCCAAGCAGCUGCCAUGCAGAACCUUCAACAUAAGACAUAUCAACAAGAUGGCCACAGAGAGCACAAUGGCAGGUGAAUCCAGAAAGCCUGCAGUGCCACUACAAGAAGUCGUGCCGCGCGAUGGUUCUCGUGAUGAUGUCAAAGUGCUGCCAAACGACCCAGACACACUUCGGUUGCGAGUGAAAUCCAUCGCAAACAUCACGCCAGAAGAACAGCAAGAGUUCGUGUUCAUGAUGAACCGCUACGGUGCUGCUGUUCUUGUUCAAGAAGAGUUUGACGAUGGCCUGCAGGCUUACAAAACAUUGGACCGAUGGUUUGGUCGUUGUAUACCUCAUGAUGCCAUGAAUGAACAUGGCAUUGUCGAGAUCAACCCCGCCAAGCCAACCAGCAUCAACACGGCGAACCCCAAGAAGGAACACCUGCCGCACACGGACGACGCCUACACCGACAGCCCCUCAGCGUUUCUCACCUUGCAGUGCCGCCAAUCUGCACCCUCCGGUGGUGGUGAGUCGGUUCUCGUGUCUGGUGCCGAUCUUGUGACGGCUCUUUCGAACGAGGAGCUUCGAACGUUGAUGCAGCCGGGCAUGGUUUCCAUGGGCCGAAGACCUGCCGGAGAUGGAUCCUGGAUGAAGGUCAGCUCCAUUCCCCUGUUCUGGGUGGACAAGUCCUCUGGGUGGUUGCAGGUGCGAUGGCGCUGCAACGAUGGCUGUUUGGGGGAUGUGGCCGAGGAGGUGAAGCCUUCUUAUGAGCAGAUGGACGCCGUCGCCCGGAAGGAGGUGCACCAGCUUGUCGUGCCCCUGGUGCCGGGGGAGGUCCUUGUCAUGGACAAUCGGGCUGUCGCACAUGGUCGAAGGCCGUAUGAGUCCGACGAGCCAAGAGUGAUGUGGCGGAAGAACUACGUCGGUAACGGUGAGCUGGCAGCGCAGCUCACUAGCGGAACAUGUGCUGCGUUCUCGAGUAUGUUUGAUGGGCUUCACAGCAUGUUCGACCCGUCUUCUUGGGAUCCAUCCAAGAUAAAGCUUUAA